GCCCACGCGACUCUGACAUUUCCAAUAUCAAGCGGCAUUGGCUACUGCUUGGUUUCCAGCGGUUUACCCUCGAGAUAUGUUAUAGCCGUCUUUCUAUCCGAUUCUAUUAUCGCAUCAGCCCGACCGGCGCACCUCUCGUGCGACCUCUGUCGACCCUCCGUCUUUCACUCUCUACCGCUCCCAUCAUGAGCGAUCUCGACAAAGCGAUCGCGCAACUGCGCUCAUGCCGCCCCAUUCCGGAAGACCAAGUGCGGGAGCUCUGCCACCGCGCCAGAGAGCUUCUUAUCGAGGAGGGCAACGUCGUCACCGUGACGGCGCCGGUAACAAUAUGUGGCGAUAUUCACGGCCAGUUUCAUGACCUAAUGGAGCUGUUCCGCGUCGGCGGCGAUGUCCCCGACACGAAUUAUCUAUUCAUGGGUGACUUUGUCGACCGUGGCUUCUACUCUCUCGAAUCAUUCCUUCUUUUGCUUUGUCUCAAAGUCCGAUACCCAGACCGCAUGACACUGAUCCGCGGCAAUCACGAAUCUCGCCAAAUAACGACAGUGUACGGCUUUUACGACGAAUGCCUUCGCAAAUACGGUAGUGCAAAUGUAUGGCGUUACUGUUGCGACGUGUUUGAUUAUCUCGCCCUUGGUGCCAUAGUUCUGGGUGCGUCGAGCACUCUCUCACCUGGUAUGCCGGAUGACGACGAUACCGAAAUUGAAGUGUGCGACCAAGCUGGCUCUAUAAUCAGUCGCUUCCCUCGCCAGCGCGCCAACCAAUCGGCCUCUCAAGAGAAGCUCGAGGCUCCCAAUAAAAGCACAGCGGACAAGACUGGUCCACCUGGUUCGGGAGCGUCAGGAUCCAGCAGUGGCAGCGUGGGCAAUCCUACAGGAGCCAUUCUCUGUGUGCAUGGUGGAUUGAGCCCGUUGGUCGAUACGGUAGAUAAAAUACGACUUAUUGACCGGAAGCAAGAAGUCCCCCACGAAGGCGCAAUGUGUGACCUUUUAUGGUCCGACCCAGACGAAAUCGACGGUUGGGGCCUCUCGCCCCGAGGUGCUGGAUUUCUAUUCGGAGCCGAUAUUGUCAAGGUUUUCAACCAUCGAAACGAUCUGAGUCUCAUUGCUCGCGCGCACCAGCUGGUCAUGGAGGGAUUCAAGGAGAUGUUCGAUGCCUCUAUCGUCACCGUCUGGUCAGCUCCAAACUACUGCUACCGAUGCGGCAAUGUUGCAGCUGUGCUGGAGCUUACAGAAGAUGAGUCAGGCACCGGCAUUUUCCAGAGGACAAACGGAGAUGUUGGCCGCAGCUCUGGCGCCGUUAUUGAAUCGAGGGGUGGCCCUAAGAAUGGCCCAGCUCGACGAUAUCGGGUGUUCCAAGCUGCGCCCCAAGAUUCCAGGGGGAUGCCUGCCAAGAAGCCAGUCGCGGAUUAUUUCUUGUGAGAGAGAUCUAUUGUUUGUUUCUACCAACCAUCUAGAGGAUGCUUCUUUGCGCCCCUUGGUUAAGAUACCAUUCUUGUAUAUUUGGUAAUCAGCCCUAUCCAAAUGCAGCAGACGGUAUGAUUUUUUUUUUCUGGAGGGCGAAUAUACAUGUACUCGGGUUACGAAUAUUGCUAUGGCGUACAGGAGGUUUUCACGAAUUUAUAUAGUACUAGACAUCACAAAGAUGAUACCGC